CGUUCAGAACACGCUGAGUUUGUGAUGCCCUUGGCACAGAAACUCAGCGACACGAACUGCUUGGGAGCUACGAUUUUGUCGUGGUGGGAUUUCCUUGUGGGGCUCCUGCGCGAUAGUGUUGGCAAGGCCCCUGACUCUCGGCGGGUAGCUGCCUUCUCGAGCCAGCGGAGGCUGGUUCGCCCUCGCAUGAUGCAAGAGUUUCUGAGGGACGACCGGACUUAUGCAACUGCCGUCACGCUAGUGAAACAUGAGGAUGAAGCGGUGCGGCGACUCGGUAUCGUGUUCAAUCUUGUUGACAAGGCCACGUGGCAAUUCUUGGCGGACGAGAUCACCAAGGUGAACAUAUUGAGGGUGGAGUACCCUACUACCCGUCACCAGUAUGAGGAUGCCGCCCAGUUUGUGAAGGUGCAUCCCGGGCUGAAAGGGUUGGAAAGGGAGGUGGACAGGAGAAACGUUAAAUGGCGAGGUCUUAGUCUCAUCGUUGCCGACGCAUCGUUCUUCGAGUUCGUGUACACGCUGGAGGACGGGUACCUUCACGCGCUCAAGCAACCGGCGCUGUUUGCCACAUACCAAGGUGACCUUCCCGCCAAGAUAUUGGAGGUCGUGUCUAGCGCCACGCCGGUGAAGAUGGCUUUUCGCCGCUGUGUAGAUUCUAUUCGGAAGGAAGCCGGGAAGGGAAUAGUCAUGCGUAGCUAUGGUGUGCUUUUCGACUUGAACAUACUGAAGUGGCACAACAUGCUCAUGGCCGACUACGCGAAGAAAUUGUCCAACGCUCAAAAAGUUGUGAAGCAGAGGAAGGACAAAAGUGCAGAAAAGGGGGGCGAUAAGGGUGCCUUGAGGGAAAGGCUCAAGUCGAUGGUGAACAAAAAGACCGGGGUUAGGACCGAGACUCGUAUGACCUGAAUCAUAUCUACAUCGACAAUUUGGGC